UGUGACACCGCUCCCGAAGGUCCUUGAAAAUUUGAUUUGAAUAUUCAAAGCUUAUGUAUUGGAUUUCUGAUUCCCAAACAUUUUGUAAAACGAUCAAUGUUCUACGUAGUGCAUGGUUGAAUAUCGUACUGUUCAAACUCGUACAUUAGUGUCGGGUUUCGCAAUACUUACUCGGGACUUAUUAAUAAAUAAAAGAGCCCAACAUUAUCUAUAUAAGUGAUCGAAGGAUUAAAGAAGAAUACAAAUGCCUAUAACCCCAUCUUUGGCAUUUUUGAGCUAAAUAAUGGGAGUAGGAUUUUCCUUCUAUAACAUCCAUCAAGUAAAUUAUUGGGAUGAGCCUACACAUAUUGGAGGUCAAUAAUGUGAUUUAGGAAGUUGACUUGUUCUAAAUAAAUUAGGAUGAGUACAAAAAGACAUCUUUGACAAAGAUAAAACAAUAGGACCCAUCUUCCCAUUUUUUGGAAGUAUUGGUAGAUAUUUUGGACCCCAAAUUGAUUGGGAUUAAUUGGGGGGCAUCCCAUGUGGCUUGAGUACCUGCAAGACAAGGAAAAUGUGUGAGAAGACUCACCUUGGCCGCACCACAUGGAGGAGCAUUGCCAUGACACAAUUGGGAUCAAAUUUUGGGGCCACCACCACUGUUUUCGCACAAACAGGUGGGCUGUUUUGUCUCCCUUCAUGAGUGAGGUUAUACUCGGCCAAAUGAGGUGUAUAAGGUGUCCUUGGAUAGCUUUUGAAGUCUAGUUUUAUAAUUGAGUGGUCUCAAUUCGAGAGGAGAGAGAAAUCAUCCAAAAAUCGAUCUGGAACGAGCAGAGGUCUGUGAACUCGAGCUGUGAGAGUGCUGAGACUAUUUGGUCGAUAUCUCGAGUUUUACAAAUCCAAUUAAGGCGUGUGAGAUACCCACAGAAAUCUCUCAAGACGAGGAAUCUGUGAAGGUCUGGUUUGCAGGAAUCGGAGUUGUGGAAGGCUUCCAAAUCGUCCGAGCAAAACACAACCUCGCAGGAGAGGAUUUAAUCUUCUAAAAGAAACGAGUUGACCGGGAAACACCCGUUCUAGGGGCUGUUUUCGUAUCAACGAUUAAGGGUUGAACUAGCACUUUGAGGAGGCUGUUUAACACUCAUAUUUGAGCAAGGAAUCAGUUCCAAAUCCACCUUGACCAAAGCUUUGACCAUUGGACCAAGAAGGGAAAGUUUAAAGCUCAAUUGAGGUUGAGGCUAGAGCUUGCUUCCUGUGCUCGUUGAUCGAGUGAUUCCUUGGAGAGAAGACUUGAAAUGGACCGUGGUGGCAGGAUUACUAGGAGAAACCCGACGGACCGUGUACCAGUGGGGACUGGACAGGGCAGUCGAAGGACCUCUAGGGCAUCUAGAGGAGCUGGCCGUGGAGGCCGAUCACAGACCGUGAGUGACGGUCAUGUUGACACGGAAAGUGAGACCUACUGGUCCUAUGAGGACUCGACUUACCAACCGGAGACAGAGCCGGUUGAGACCCCUUAUGAAGGGGAUGAUGACGAUGUGAGUGAUGAGGAGGAAAAUGGCUCCUUAGCACGGAUCGAAGCACUACUCCAACAAUACCACAGGGAGCGUGAAGAGAGGAGGCAACGCCGAAGACGCCGAGCGGGGCAACCUUCGGGCAUGGCUUCAAGAGGAGGAAGUCAUGGUGCAUCUAGAGUCCAUGUGGAACCACAUGGAGGCCAAAAUGAUGGAGGUCCAACCAUAAGGAUCUCCAAAUUUAUCAAAGAAGCAAGGGAUUUGGGGUGCAAACCCUUUGAUGGAGCAGGGGACAUUUCAGUUGCAGCACAAUGGAUCAAGAGGCUAAAUGAAGCAGCCCUUGACAUGCAAAUCGCGCCGAAUCUCAAACUGAGAAUUGCGGUAAGAUUGCUCGAGGGGAUGGCAUCCAAGUGGUGGGAUGGAACCAAGAGCAAGUACGGUGAGACCGUCGUUUGGGAGGAUUUCCAACGGGAGUUCUUUGCCCAAUAUUAUUCGGAUUUUGAAGUGAACAAGAAGGUGAGGGAAUACACCCUCCUAACCCAAGGGGGUAACAUGACAGUGAAGGAACUUGAGUACAAGUUCCGGGAUCUCGCCGAUUACAUACCGGAGUAUGCUUGUGACGAGAACCGAAUGGUAAACCACUUUUGGGAUGCUCUUGACUUGGAGAUACGUGAUAGGGCAACACAAUUGCCUAAUAUGACUUUCGCCCAAGUGGUUGACCAAGCGUUGAAGGGGGAGAAACAGUGGGAGGAGAGGAAGAAGAGAGACGCCGAGGAGGCGAAAAAGAGAAAGUGGGAGAGUCAUGGCUCCCAAGGUUCCAACAAAAAGGGGAACCAUGGAGGAGGAUCUUUCCGGACACCGCCGCCACCGUCUAGGGGGAACCAAGGCCCGAGUGGGCAAGGCUCGAGGUCACAAACCUCGGUGAUAACUCGUUGCAACAAUUGCAAGAAGAAUCACUCCGGUAAGUGUCGCGACCCCCCUAGAUGUUUCCAAUGUGGGGAUGCCGGACACUUGAAGGCGCAUUGCCCCCAGUUGGGUGGGGCAAGGACAUCAGGACCAAGUAGCGGGGCUGCGGGAAGUAGAAACCAAGCCGGGGGUUCCCAAGUAACCAGGGGGCAAGGGGGAGCAAGCGCGAGUAACGCGCCGUCCGUGAAUCAAGGAAGGACGCAAGCUAGAGUCUACGCAAUGACCGAGGCUGAUGCUCGGGCUAAUCCCGACUCCGUCGCUGGUAAUACACUUAUUUUGGGCACUUUUAGGCUUACUUAGAUCAUGUACGUCGUUGGGAUUGAGUGCGGGCCACCCCGGGGCCAAAACCGGGUGAGUUAGGCCAAAUCAGGCUGGAAACAGCCACUGCCGGCCAGGCACGCCCGCAGGCACGCCGUGCGUGGCACCGUGCCUGGGAGGCAGUGGCCUCGCUGAGGAGUUCCGGCCAGGCACGGCUGCAGGCACGCCGUGCGUGGCACCGUGCCUGGGAGGCAGUGGCCUCCUCGAGGAAAUUCGGCCAGGCACGGUCGCAGGCACGCCGUGCGUGGCACCGUGCCUGGGAGGCAGUAGCGCCCAGGGCUUUUUCCCAAGCCAGGCACGACCGUGCCUACCCCAGGCACGCCGUGCCUGGCACCCAGAAUGCCGAAACCUGAUUUUUUCGCACCGUUUUGCGACAUUAAGACCUUUUCUUGAUCCCAAACACAUGUGUGAACAUAAUAAACCUCUCUAAAUGUGUAAGAAUGGUAGGAAAGGUAUCUUACAUGACUUAUAAAUGUAGGAACACUAAAGAUUAAUGGGAAGGAUGCGCGAAUCCUUAUCGAUACCGGGGCGCAACGUUCAUUUGUGAAUGAAGCGUUCGCCAAGAGGUUGGGAGUGCAAUCCGCACCAUUGAUGCAAACCUUAGUGGUGUCAACACCACUAGGGGAUGACGUGGAAAGAACUUGUUACUAUCCAUCUUGUGGAGUGGAGAUUAAUGGUCAAACCUUGACAUGUGACUUCGUACCGCUGAGCAUGAUUGAAUUCGAUGCAAUCCUAGGGAUGGAUUGGCUAGAAAGGAACCAUGCUAGGAUAGAUUGCUACACGAAGGUUCUUGAACUCGAAGGCAAUGAUGGGGAGACCCUACGCUUCGAGGGCGAUCGAGGGAGAUCAAAUAGCUGCAUCAUAUCCGCCGUGAGAGCGAGAAGUAUGAUGAGAAAGGGAUGCCACGCAUAUCUAGCAUACGUGGUUGACAAAACCAAAGAAGAAACGAACAUCGAUGAUGUGAGGGUGGUUUGUAAGUAUCCGGAUGUCUUCCCUAAAGACUUACCGGGGCUUCCACCUGAUAGGGAGAUUGAAUUUGUGAUCGAGGUCGAGCCGGGUACCAAACCAAUAUCCAUACCGCCAUAUCGUAUGGCACCCGCUGAACUUAACGAGUUGAAAACCCAAUUGCAGGAGCUUUUGGAUAAUGGUUUCAUUAGACCCAGCCACUCCCCGUGGGGAGCACCAGUUCUUUUUGUGAAAAAGAAAGAUGGGACACUCCGAAUGUGCAUUGACUAUCGUCAACUGAACAAGGUCACAAUCAAGAAUAGGUAUCCUUUGCCUAGGAUUGAUGUCUUAUUUGACCAACUACGAGGAGCAACCGUGUUUUCAAAGAUUGACUUGAGGUCGGGGUACCACCAAUUGAAGAUUAAGGAGGAUGACAUACCAAAGAGUGCUUUCCGCACAAGGUACGGGCAUUUUGAAUUCCUUGUUAUGUCGUUUGGGUUAACAAACGCCCCGGCGGCAUUCAUGGACUUGAUGAACCGAGUAUUUCAUAAAUACUUGGACCAAUUCGUGAUUGUGUUCAUAGAUGACAUCUUGAUUUACUCAAGGAGUGAAGAAGAGCAUGAAGAGCACUUGAUACUUGUUCUUGAGACACUACGGGAGAAGCAACUCUAUGCCAAAUUUUCUAAAUGUGAAUUUUGGCUAAAGGAGAUUGGCUUCCUCGGGCACGUGGUUUCUGGAUCGGGAAUUGCUGUUGAUAACAAGAAGAUAGAAGCCAUUACCGAAUGGGAGAGGCCAAAGAACGUCAAGGAAAUUCGUAGUUUCCUUGGAUUGGCAGGCUACUACAGGAAGUUCGUGGAGAAGUUCUCUGUUUUGGCAUCACCAUUGACGAAGCUCACUCGUAAAGGAGCUAAGUUUGUAUGGGAUGACAAAUGUGAGAAGGGGUUCAUGGAACUAAAGAAACGAUUGACCGAGGCACCGGUACUUGCAUUACCCAAACAGGGUGUGGGGUACGAUGUCUAUAGUGAUGCGAGCAUCCAAGGGCUUGGGUGUGUACUGAUGCAGAAUGGGAGGGUAAUCGCCUAUGCUUCACGACAGUUGAAGAAGCAUGAGGUGAAUUAUCCUACUCAUGAUUUGGAGCUGGGGGCAGUGGUGUUUGCACUGAAGAUAUGGAGACAUUAUCUCUACGGGGAGACAUGUCACAUAUACACUGAUCACAAGAGCUUGAAAUACGUGUUUACUCAGAAAGAGCUAAACAUGAGACAGAGACGGUGGAUGGAGCUGAUAAAAGACUACCAUCUAGUGAUAGAGUAUCACCCAGGCAAGGCAAACGUGGUGGCAGAUGCUUUGAGCCGGAAGAGCUCGUCUGGGGCAUUGCUAGCUAAUUUGAGGGCAUUAAGAGCCCAACUGGAGGUAACCAGCGAUGGUGCCUUAUUGGCACGAUUUGAGGUGAGACCUACUUUACUUGAUGAGAUCAAGAAGGGUCAGGAAGCCGACGAAGAACUUAUGAAGGUCCGGGGACGCAUGCAAGCGGGGCCGGUGGAGGAUUUCAGGGAAAGAGAUGAUGGUCUCUUGUUAUUUCGUGACCGAGUGUGUGUACCGUCAGAUGAUGAGCUCCGAAAGUCCAUCUUAGAGGAGGCUCAUUCAUCGGCUUAUGCCAUGCACCCGGGGGGCACGAAAAUGUACCGUGAUUUGAAAGAAAGUUACUGGUGGUCUGGAAUGAAGAGGGAAAUAGCCGAGUACAUCAGUCGGUGCCUUACUUGUCAACAAGUUAAGGCAGAACAUCAGCACCCAGCAGGCUUAUUGCAACCACUCUCCAUCCCUGAAUGGAAGUGGGAGCACGUGACUAUGGAUUUCGUGGUAGGCUUACCACGGACUAUCAGGAACUAUGACGCGGUUUGGGUCGUUGUGGAUAGGCUCACAAAGAGUGCACACUUCUUGCCUAUCAACACUACCUACCCACUCGAGAGGUUAGCCAAAUUGUACACGGAUGAGAUCGUGAGGCUACAUGGGGUUCCAGUGACCAUUGUAUCCGAUAGAGACCCACGAUUCACAUCACGUUUUUGGCCGAAAUUUCAGGAGUCUAUGGGAACGAGGUUGAAGUUCAGUACUGCUUUCCACCCACAGACGGACGGGCAGUCUGAAAGAGUCAUACAGAUCUUAGAAGACAUGCUGAGGGCUUGUGCAUUAGAGUUCCAAGGAAGUUGGGACAACCACUUAGCACUUGUGGAGUUUGCCUAUAACAACAGUUAUCAGGCAAGCAUCGGCAUGCCUCCAUACGAGGCAUUGUAUGGGAGGAGAUGCCGUACACCGUUAUGCUGGGAUGAGGUUGGCAUGGCCAAACUCGAGGGUACUGAGUUGGUUGAGGUCACCAAGUCAAAGGUGAAGUUGAUUCGAGAGAGACUCAAGGCGGCUCAGGAUAGGCAAAAGAGUUAUGCGGAUAAGCGUCGAAGGACCUUAGAGUUUAAGGUUGACGACGAGGUAUUCCUGAAAGUUUCUCCUUGGAAAGGAAUCAUUCGAUUCCAAACCCGAGGAAAGCUUAACCCACGAUAUAUAGGCCCAUUCAGAAUUAUAGAGAGGGUUGGGGCCGUAGCAUAUCGUCUACAGUUGACUCCUGAGUUGGAGAAGAUUCAUAAUGUAUUUCACGUGUCCAUGCUUAAGAAGUAUGUGCAUGAUCCUUCUCAUGUGUUGGAGAAGCCGCCCGUGGAGGUACGUGAAGAUUUGAACUAUGCCGUACAACCGGUAAGAGUUAUUGACAGAAAAGUGAAGAAACUGAGGAGUAAAGAAGUUCCAAUGGUUAAAGUCCUUUGGAAGAGUGACCGGGUCGAAGAAGAGACUUGGGAAACAGAAGCCUUGAUGAGGAAGCAGUAUGCAUUCCUAUUUGAGUAAAGCUGUGAAUUUCGGGGACGAAAUUCCUGUUAAGGGGGGGUGAACUUGUGACACCGCUCCCGAAGGUCCUUGAAAAUUUGAUUUGAAUAUUCAAAGCUUAUGUAUUGGAUUUCUGAUUCCCAAACAUUUUGUAAAACGAUCAAUGUUCUACGUAGUGCAUGGUUGAAUAUCGUACUGUUCAAACUCGUACAUUAGUGUCGGGUUUCGCAAUACUUACUCGGGACUUAUUAAUAAAUAAAAGAGCCCAACAUUAUCUAUAUAAGUGAUCGAAGGAUUAAAGAAGAAUACAAAUGCCUAUAACCCCAUCUUUGGCAUUUUUGAGCUAAAUAAUGGGAGUAGGAUUUUCCUUCUAUAACAUCCAUCAAGUAAAUUAUUGGGAUGAGCCUACACAUAUUGGAGGUCAAUAAUGUGAUUUAGGAAGUUGACUUGUUCUAAAUAAAUUAGGAUGAGUACAAAAAGACAUCUUUGACAAAGAUAAAACAAUAGGACCCAUCUUCCCAUUUUUUGGAAGUAUUGGUAGAUAUUUUGGACCCCAAAUUGAUUGGGAUUAAUUGGGGGGCAUCCCAUGUGGCUUGAGUACCUGCAAGACAAGGAAAAUUUGUGAGAAGACUCACCUUGUCCGCACCACAUGGAGGAGCAUUGCCAUGACACAAUUGGGAUCAAAUUUUGGGGCCACCACCACUGUUUUCGCACAAACAGGUGGGCUGUUUUGUCUCCCUUCAUGAGUGAGGUUAUACUCGGCCAAAUGAGGUGUAUAAGGUGUCCUUGGAUAGCUUUUGAAGUCUAUUUUUAUAAUUGAGUGGUCUCAAUUCGAGAGGAGAGAGCAAUCAUCCAAAAAUCGAUCUGGAACGAGCAGAGGUCUGUGAACUCGAGCUGUGAGAGUGCUGAGACUAUUUGGUCGAUAUCUCGAGUUUUACAAAUCCAAUUAAGGCGUGUGAGAUACCCACAGAAAGCUCUCAAGACGAGGAAUCUGUGAAGGUCUGGUUUGAAGGAAUCGGAGUUGUGGAAGGCUUCCAAAUCGUCCGAGCAAAACACAACCUCGCAGGAGAGGAUUUAAUCUUCUAAAAGAAACGAGUUGACCGGGAAACACCCGUUCUAGGGGCUGUUUUCGUAUCAACGAUUAAGGGUUGAACUAGCACUUUGAGGAGGCUGUUUAACACUCAUAUUUGAGCAAGGAAUCAGUUCCAAAUCCACCUUGACCAAAGCUUUGACCAUUGGACCAAGAAGGGAAAGUUUAAAGCUCAAUUGAGGUUGAGGCUAGAGCUUGCUUCCUGUGCUCGUUGAUCGAGUGAUUCCUUGGAGAGAAGACUUGGUUCGUGCUUCCUCCAUUCUGUUUUUAAAUAAUAUUAAACUUGCUCAUGGAUAUUUUACUUUAGAGCCUGCGUGCUCAUGUUUGCCCUGUGUGGCCCUUUUGUUUUAAACAAUGUUUUCCGCUGCGUAUUCAAUUGUUUGUUAUGUAUGUUUAUGGAUGACUUAUGUGUGAAUGAUAUUCAUGACGCC